AUGUCUGACGCCACAGGGGACGUGGUGGAUGCUGCGGAGACUUUGGAAAAGCUGCUGGACCUGGCAGCCAGCCAAGGGAAUAUGGAGAAGCAGCGCGAGUACUUGUGGAGGGUGGCGGACUCCUAUGACAAAGCGGGCUACCUGGACAUUGCAGAGACCCAUCUGAAGGAGCUCCUGUCCCUUGAUCUGUCCAAGGAGCAGAAGCUGGAGGCCCUCUGCUUCCUGGCAGACAUCCAGAUGAAGAUUGAGAAGAUGGCUCAGGAGAGCAGGGUGCAGAAGGCAAUGGAGGAGCAGGAGCAGAGAUUCGGGCGGUUGACCCGCACCAUCUCAGGGGUCAGACUAGAUGUGGAUGCAGAGAGGGCUGAGGAGCAGGAGGCCGAAGAGGGGGGCCUGGCAGACACGCUCAAGUCCAUCGUGCAGCGCACCAUCCCCAACCCCCGCUAUGUGCGCUUCCAUGAAGCCCAUGUGCAGCGCUACCUCUCGCGCCUGAAGGCCUUUCCUCCCAGGUCGGCGGCGCGGAAUGAGAAGCGGAUGGAGGCGCUGCGCGAGUGCGUGCGCAUGAUCAUGGCCAACGCUGGCGGCUGCACGACGCCCUUCCCUUUCGAGGCCGCCAUCUGGCUCCUCGAAGAGCAGGAGGAGCUCUACGGCGGCGCCAUCCCCAUCUACAAAUCGCUCAACUGGUUCCGGGGCAACUCCAUAUCCUGCCUUGCUGGCUCCCAGUCGGCCAUCCAGCUUCGCAGGCUGGCAGAGAAUGUGAAGCAGGAACAGGAAGCAGCAGAAAACGGUAUCGGGAGCGACGGCCGCCCUGUCUUGACAAAGGUGGAGGACUUCGGCAUGAAGCUGGCGCACCAGUUCCCCUGGGCGCCGGCGGCGGCCGUCGCGGUCGGCCUCGCGCUGCGGCGGCGGUUCCUGUCGGACCCGGACACGCCCUCCACCGUCACACGCCGCCUGCAGGUCACCAAGACGCUCAAAGGUGGCGUGAUGAGCGGCGCAGACAGUGCGGCGGGCUGGAAGGCCCUUGCAGAGCUGCAGUACCAGAACAGGCAAUGGGCGGACGCUUAUGAGACGAGCGUGCGCGGUUUGGAGUGGAGCGUGCGGCGGCGCGCGAGCGGCUGCGAGACGCUGACGCACUUUGCGCUGUCGCUGCGGCUCUGCGUUGCGCGCUGCCUGCGCCGCCUCAAUCGCCUCGACGAGGCCGAGUACGCCUUCAAGGUCCUAGCGGGGUGGGUGACGGAGGGCGUGAGCGCGUUCGACGAGCUGUCGGGGUCGCCGCCGGUGUCGAUUCGGCAGCAGGCGCUGCGGGGGCUGGCCAAGAUCGCGCUGGAAAGAAAUGACCGAGUGGCGGCCAAGGCGCAGUACGAGCGAAUUCUGGGCAAGGCGCUAAUGGGCCGCGGGCCGCCCGCCGAGCACUGGGCGUACUCCGAGUACGCCUGGCUGGUCUUUGAGGACGGCGAUCUUGAGAAUGCGAGGGGCCACCUGGAGAAGGCACUGAAGGAGGCGCAGCGCGAGGGCUGCAGCGUGACGGAGGGCGAGCUGGCCGAGCACCACUACAAGCUCGGCCGCAUCCUGUGGACCAUGGGCGGCGCUCUGCGCGAAGACCCACACCAGGCGCGCGCGCACUUCGAGGCCGCCUCCAAGGAGGAGUGCGACUCCCAGGCGCUGGCGUGCGCGUGGCUGGGGCACUGGUACAAGGAGGUGGCGCAGAACAACUUCAAGGCGCGCAAUUGCUACCGCCGCGCCCUCAUGCUCGACCCCAACGACACCGUCGUCGCGGAGAACUUGCGGCAGGUGCAGGAGAAGCUGGCAGAGCAGCGGGUGCAGCUGGUGGAGCCCCCGAAGUCCCCCAACGCCCCCUCGCGGGGCCCCCCGCUCUCCAUGGGCCGCGCGCACUCCGCCAACACCGAGCUUGCUGAGCUCUCCAUCGUCCACGUCACCAAGGCCAAGCAGUGA